UCGAAUUUCUGAUGCAAUAUUCGUUAACAAGACGUUAUGUGUGGUAUAUAGGUGGUACAGAUUAGAAGAGCUAGAACCCGUGCAAUGAAGAUUCCCAAUCGCGUUUAGGAAAGUCAACAAAUUGAUUAGUUUAUCGAAGACGCAAAACUAUUUAAAGCAAUAUACAAAAUGACGGAAGAAGAUUCGGUAUUCGAUCCUACUUUAAAAAAGAAGAAGAAGAAAAAGAAAACUACUUUUGAUCUUGUCGCUGCAUUUAAUGAAGUUGGUAAUAGUGGGGACACAAUGGAAACUACCGGUGACAAAGAAAACCAGGAACCAGAGCCUCCUGCACCUGCAGAGGACGAUGAUCCUUUGGACUUAGAAAAUUUUGGAAGAAAGAAAAAGAAGAAGAAAAAAGCAUUUAAUUUAGACGAACUGGAUGCAGCUUUACCGGAUACAAAGAAGGAGGAUGUUAUUGAACCACAAGCAGAGGAAGUUGCUGUGGACAACACUUUCGACCUGGAUAUGGACUUCUCUAAAACUAAAAAGAAGAAAAAGAAAAAGAAAGAUUUAGAUGAGUUAGUGGCAGAGGAAGAGCGUAAAGAAAUUGAAGAUAAAGAAAAUGGCUGCAUUGAAUCUGAGCGAAAUGCAGAGCAUGAGGAAACAAGUUUAUGGUUCGGAUCGGACAGAGACUAUACAUAUGAUGAAUUGUUGGUAAGAGUAUUCAACAUAAUGAGGGAAAAGAAUCCUGAUAUGGUUGCUGGAAAGAAACAGAAAUUUGUUAUGCGUCCUCCUCAAGUAGUACGUAUAGGUACCAAGAAAACAUCUUUUGCUAAUUUCACAGAAAUAUGUAAAACACUUCAUAGGCAACCAAAACAUUUACUUGACUUUCUACUCGCUGAGUUAGGAACCAGUGGUUCUGUUGAUGGAAAUAGUCAACUUAUUAUUAAAGGUCGUUUCCAACAGAAACAAAUAGAAAAUGUUCUUAGGAGAUAUAUUAAGGAAUAUGUUACCUGUCACACAUGUCGCUCACCAGACACCAUUCUUCAAAAGGACACUCGACUAUUUUUCUUACAGUGCGAAACCUGUGGCUCAAGAUGUUCAGUAGCUAGCAUAAAAUCUGGCUUUCAGGCUGUUACAGGAAAACGUGCUGCUAUUCGAGCAAAAACUGCCUAAGAAAUUUUUCAUAUAUCCCAUCUAUCAAUUUUGUAGCAUAAUUUUCAAAUUGUCAGAGAUUUUUGUGUUAGAAUACAGUUUUUACUAUACCUAUUGUAACGGCGUGCAAUCUAAACACCUGUUUUUACUCGCAUGAAUUGAAUGUCGUCAGUUCCAAGAACAAAGUGAUUGUGAAAUUUUCCACCUAUGUUUUUUAUUAUUAAUCUAUACAGUCAAACCAAAAUUACGUGAGAAUUAUUUCAUAACGGAUUUCCUUUUAUAAUUUUCCUAAGCGAAACAUUUUUAGAAACUCAACUCUUCAAUUUUCAUUUUAUCACUUUUUCUUAAGUGAAAAUUUUGAAUAUACUGCCAGUCUUACAACUAUGAAAAAAGUAUGAAAUUUGAUUAGAUUUUAAUUAUUGAUGCAUUUUUUUUUGCAAUAUAUGAACAAGUGUAUAUUAAUUUAAUAGAUAUUGCUGACUGUUUCGUAAUUACAUUUUGAAUAGUAGUGAUAAAAUAAUGCAACAAUAUGAAACGCAUUGUUUAUCCAUUUGUCUACCACCGUGACACAAAAUUCUGUACAAAGAAUCUGCGCUUAAGUGAAGGAUGGUAUGGAUUACCAAUUGUUAAUGAUACAUUUAAGCACGUAAUAAUACUUUGUUAUAUCAUUUUGUGUAUACAAGAAAACAAAUUGUAACAUUAAAUUCGAAUACAUUAUUAUGUAUCGUAAAAAGUAUUAUUCUCGUAAUUAAUUAUGUUUUUGAAGGAUUAUCAUGGUAAAGUGUAAUGAUUUUUUUUCAAGCAAUUAAUAGUAACAUUUCUUAGCUAAUUUAUUCAUGUGUAUUUACUAGAUAAUAAAUUUAUUUUAAGAAGUCU